AGCCCGAGAUGAGAGGAGGAUGCGUUUAAACACUCAGAUUAAAUAAUAAACCUUUAAUUUACAUCUCACGAUACGCAAAUAUGGUUAUUUCCAGAGUACAGCAAGUUCAUUGUUGGAUGGAUUUUCGCAUUGACCUCUUUAUUCUGAACAAUAUUUCGAUGGGAAAUAACGUCGUAUUGUAACGGACCGGGGAUGACAAAGAGAAUGGGAUACCGAGACUGGAGGUGGCUUGCGCUUUGGUGGCAUCAUUUCUUUCUCUUGUGGAGUACAAUAGACGGACAGACUCGUUACAGCAUCCCGGAGGAACUGGAACUGGGCUCUAUGGUUGGAAAUCUAGCCAAAGAUCUGGGUUUGGGACUAUCAGACAUUUUUGACCGUAAACUGCGUGUCGCCUCGGAGGCUGGUGAGCAGUAUUUCAGCGUGGAUGCGGGGAAGGGCGAGCUGGUGGUGAAUGACAGAAUAGACAGAGAGGCUUUAUGCGGACAAAGCGCCAGCUGUGUUCUACCUCUGCAGGUUGUAAUAGAGAACCCGCUACAGUUACACCGGAUAGAAGUGGAAAUAAGAGACGUAAAUGACAAUUCUCCUAAUUUUCUCAAAAGCGAUCAUAUAAUAGAAAUAGCUGAAUCCACCGUUGUAGGUGUGCGUUUUCCCUUAGAGAGUGCAGAGGAUCCUGAUGUUGGGAGUAACGGAUUAAAGACGUACACACUUAGCAAAGAUGAGUGCUUUACUUUAAAAGUUAAAGAAAUUGAAAAUGGACGAAAAAUUCCAGAAUUGGUAUUAAAUAAAUCAUUAGACCGCGAGAAAAAAGCUAUUCACAAUUUAUUUCUUACUGCUAUGGACGGAGGCAAUCCUGUCAAGUCUGGAACUUCAAAAAUAACUGUAAAUGUGCUUGAUAUUAACGACAAUGUGCCAUUAUUCGAAAAUACUUUUUAUAAAAUUGCUAUUCAAGAAAACAGUGCAAUCGGCUCCUUUGUACUUACAACAAAAGCAACCGAUAUAGAUGAGGGUCCAAAUGGAGAAAUUGAGUACUCGCUUGGUAUACACACACCACCAUCAGUGCUGUCAUUAUUUCAUAUAGAUGCUGUAACGGGAGAUAUAUUUUUAAAAAACCAGCUGGACCACGAAACUCAAGCCUCAUAUCGAAUAGACAUUAGUGCAAAAGACAAAGGUUUGCCUAAAAUGGAGGGUCACUGCAGUGUGCAGGUGGAUGUCUUAGACGUAAAUGAUAACGCCCCAGAAAUUGUGCUGACUUCAAAAUCCACUUCUGUGCCCGAAGACUCUGGCAGUGGGACAGUAGUGGCUUUACUCAGCGUCCGUGACCUUGAUUCCGGUGAUAACGGUAAAGUGACGUUACAACUUCCCAAACGUUCUCCUUUCACUCUUAAACCAUCCUUCUCUAAUAAUUACGCACUGGUUACCAGUGGUCCUUUAGACCGAGAGAGUUUCUCAGAAUAUAAUAUUGAGGUAACAGCCGCUGAUUUAGGCUCUCCUCCCCUCUCUAGUAAGAACAUUAUACCUGUCAGCAUCACUGAUGUGAAUGACAACCCUCCUGUAUUCACUCAGCCCUCCUAUAAUGUAUAUUUAAAAGAGAAUGGGGUACCAGGGUCUAUACUGUACUCAGUAUCAGCAUCUGAUCUGGAUUUUGGUGAAAACGCCAAAAUCUCUUACUCUAUACUGGACUCUAAAGUGCAGGACGUGUCUGUCUCGUCUUAUGUUUACAUUAACUCAGAUAACGGCAGCAUCUACAGCAUGCACUCGUUUGACUAUGAGAAACUGAAGGUGUUUCAGAUUCAGGUUCAGGCAAAGGACCAGGGCUCUCCGUCUCUCAGCAGCAACGCCACUGUCCACGUGUUUAUCCUGGACCAGAACGACAAUGCCCCGCUGUUAUUUACCCCUCCUCGCUGCCCUGGGCUCCUCUCUCAUCAGAGGAUGCCCCGCUCCGCUAAAGCGGGUCACCUGGUCACUAAGGUGACGGCCGUGGACGCUGACUCGGGCCAUAACGCCUGGAUCUCCUACAGACUGGCGGAGGCCACAGACGCCUCUCUGUUCACCGUCAAUCUGUACACAGGGGAGGUGAGGACUAAACGCGCUGCGUCCGAGCAGGACGACUCCUCUCAGAGGCUGCUUAUAGAGAUCAAGGACGACGGGGAACCGGUCCAGUCCGCCACCGUCACGGUGUCCAUCCUGCUGGAGGACGGCCUCCAUGAGCCCAUCUUAGACCUCCGACAGAAAGCGGCCGAGCCCAGCAAGAAAACUGGGAGAAUCACCCUUUAUUUGAUCCUCUCUCUGGCCUCGGUGUCCGUGCUGUCUCUGCUGACUUUUCUCAUCUUAGCGGUUAAAUGCAUCAGGAACAGCAGAAGCAGCGGUAGUUGCUGCAUGAGACGGACCGACUGUGAUGAUUACAAGAACCCCAACAGAAACCUGCAGAUUCAGCUCAACACCGAUGGACCUAUAAAGUACGUGGAGGUCCUGGGAGGAGACAUGUUGUCUCAGAGUCAGUCCUUCAGGUCCUGUAUGUCUCCGAUGUCAGAGUACAGUGAUUUCACGUUGAUUAAACCCAGCAGCACCACCGACUUUAAGGAGGUGAUCAGUGUCCUGGAUGCGUCUUUACCCGACAGCACCUGGACCUUUGAGAGCCAGCAGGUGAGCAGAUGA